GUCUGUUUUUCAAAUUUGUUUGUUUGUUUUUUAUAGUGGUGUGUUAUUUUUCUUUCAAACUUUGUUUGGAGAAUGAAGAAUGAAAAUCUCAACAGAUUUAUGUCAGACCACACCUUUAUUUUGAAAUGUAACCAAUAAGGAAGUAAGUUCGCGUUUCAAGAAAACAAGUUAAGUGGCACAUGUACUGCUUCCAACUCCCUACCUGCAGUUUGUAUAACGUAGCACUGUGAUGUCAUGGGUGUUCAGGGGUUGACAACAUAUGUGGAGUCCAACAGAAACUUCCUUCAAGAUGUGAGGUUCAGGGAUAGUCGGCUGGUUAUUGACGGCUGCAGUCUAUAUUUCCGCUUGUACUUCAACUACGGAUUUGAUCAGCAGCAUGGAGGAGACUACGAUGCGUUCGCCUCCUUUCUCAACGAGUUCCUAUCUGCUUUGGAAACUUGUAACAUCAAGCCCUAUGUGGUGCUGGAUGGGGGGAUGGACCCAAGUGACAAGAAGUUUGCUACUCUGCGUCAGCGUCUGCAGUCCAGGAUAAAGGAGGCAGACAGCAUUUGUCAUGGUCGCAAUGGCUCUGUCCUCCCAAUCCUCGUAAGGAAAGUCUUCAUUCAGGUCCUAAAUCAAAGAGGAAUCCCGCUGGUGCAGUGUCCAGCAGAGGCAGACUGGGAGAUUGCCUGCUUGGCGCGCCAGUGGAACUGUCCAGUACUGACAAAUGACAGCGACUUUUACAUAUUUGACCUUCCAGCUGGUUAUCUGCCACUUCAUUUUUUCCAGUGGACCAAUCUUAACGGAAAAGCUUCUCAGCGCUACAUCCCAUCCCGAUGUUACACCACUAACAAUCUGUGCCGCUGUUUUGGGGGCAUGAAUCGCGAGUUGCUGCCUUUGUGUGCAGUCCUAACUGGUAAUGACUACGGUGCUCCAAAAGAGACAGAGACCCUCCUGGCUCUCGUAGACGUGAGUGCAUUAGGAAGAGGCGGUGGCCGAGGCAGGGGGAAGGCACCUGCUUCUCGUGUCGAGGGCAUCCUCAUUUGGCUGUCAUCGUUUCCAAAUGUGACGGAGGCACUGAAGGAGGUUAGCAGGUUAAUGGAUGGAGCGGCUGGGGCAGGCAGGAGAGGACAAGGAGGUGGGCUCAGCUCCAAGCUGUUGGCUGCUAUGCAAGAGUACAACAUCAAGGCUCAAAGCCCUCUUGCUCCAUGGUUCUCCAAAGGUACGUUAGCUCCGAAGGGGAAGACAUCUGGUCUGGCACAGCUGCCAGAGUGCUUGUCUCUGGCUGCAGCACGGGGACAGCUGUCUCCUUUGGCUCUUGACGCUUUUGUCAUGCAGAGGGUCCUUCUCAUCCCGCAGGUGGAGAAUAGCAAACUAGCCAGCAGCCACUGUAGUUCUAGACCAAUACGUCAGGCUGUGUAUGGGAUUUUACUGCAAAAAGCUGAAAACACUGCUAGCCCAGCGAGUGGCGCACUGCUGGCAAAGGCAGGACAAGUCCAAAUGCAGGGAAGAGGAAGAGGUGGUGGAGGCAGGGGCCUGCAGGGACCAGAACACGUGUUCAAUGCAGCUCCAGUACAAACACAGUCACAUGGCUCUGGUUCUCCAAUUUUCGUGGAAGAGUACGACCGUUUGGACCUGAAACUAAGCAAAAACCAAGUGGAAUCAGUCAUCCUCUGGAACCACAUACAUCUGGAUGGGCUCAGUCAGGCUCCUGCUGCGGUGCGCCUUGGUGUCCUGUUCGAAGUCUUAGGUGUGACGCAGUCGGCCCUGGCUCCAGUUCCUCUCAAUCUGCAGCUUGCCGUUGCUGUGACUGGAUUCUGGUUGCGUGAGGCCACACCAGCGCCUUCGCAGCCCCUGCUGCAGGCUUUAGUGAUAGGCAUGAUUUACGGAGAGUUGACGUCAAACAAUCAGCCUGGAGCGCCCCGCACAGUACCUGUUGCCCCACAGCUAAACUGGGCCGCUGAGCGAGGUUUUCUGUCAGCGCUAGAUCGCCAGCGGGUGAGAUCUGGUGAAAGACGAGGAGUGGACGUCGGGGCGGCCCACUGCCUCAGCCAAUGGCAGUCCUGCCUCUGGAGUGCCCUGUGCCUGAAUCAGCUGCUGCUGGUGCCACUGCCCGAGCCCAACGUGUCUUUGUUGUUCAGCGGUACCUUGGUACACGGCCUCUUCAGGUACCUGAAAGGAGGCUGGCCUGUGGAGUCUUUACUGCCUGGUGGAUCUUUAUCUGGACAGCUCUGUUUCUGCCUGCUGGAUGCUGUGAAGGACUGCAGCCUCAAGACAAACCCCUCCAGCUUCGGAUCAGGCAAGAAGAAGAGAGGCAGAGGCAGAGGGAGGCGAGGGAGAGGCAGAAGAGGAGGAAGAGGACGGUCUCAGGGUGGAGGGAGGGGUUCAGAGGAGAUAAACAACAGGUUUGCUCUCCUUAUGAGUGAGGAAGAAGAGGAGGAGGAUUGAUAGAGAGGCAGUGAGAAAUGCACAGAUCUAGAACACCAUGAUCAAAGGUUAUUCUUUGGAGAAGAAUAAUAUUUUUAAUCUUUGCCGUCAUGCUUUGCACUAUUUUAACCUCUUCCAGUGAUACGCAGGUGCUUGUGUUUUAAGUUUGAAGCAGCCAUCUAAAAUGUGGUGUAUAAACUUCUCUGAUCAGCUGUUUCAAACCACGUGCAUCAUUUUACAAGCAUUUUUUAAUACAUAGACUAAUUAUAUUUACCCAGUCAUGUUUGCUUAAGGACUGAACACUGAAUGCAAAAUAAUAGUGUUUUUAUUAUAAAGGUAAUAAGAGCAAUGCCAGUAGGAGUGAACUAGAAACGGGCCAAUCAGGCUUUGUCUGGCAGAUGAGGAUUUUCAGUUUUAUUUGAGGUCUAAGCUGCUGAUUUGGGUUAUUUAUUCAAAGAACACCUAAGAAGAGAAAAAUGUGCUUAAUGUUCUGAAUGAGUCCAUUCAGAACCACUGAUUUUUACUCAACAAGAUCGAAGCAUGUCCGAUGCAUUUAGAAACUAAAAAAUGUGGGAGUUAUGGGAAUUGUCAAACAGAGCUGACGAUUGGAUAACGGGGAAAUUUUAAUUGUACAUCUCUUGUAUUGAAAAAAAAAAUCUACUGCUGAACUUACAUUUUUUUACACCAAAUGUGGUGCUGUAAAAAGUGACAAACUACCAAACAGUUUUGGCAAUGAUGGGAUUUCUGAAUUGUUUUUUUUGUUUGUUUGUUUGUUUGUAUUUUUACACAAUGUUAUUGGUCAAAAUUUAGAAGAAAAAAAAACCUGUUAAAAAAAGUACAUUUUUUGUGCUCUAACUCUUGAAAAUAUCAACAAGCAAGCAAUGUUAAGUGGCAGCUAAAGGGAACAACUCCAGAUCAAUUUUCCGUUUUAAACCCCAUUGACUUGUAUAAAAAGCACACACCUCAACCAGGAUUUUACAUUUUGCAGAAAUUUUACAACAUAGUCCAAUUAUGAUUUGACUCUGUUUCUGGUGCUCCUACUUUGGGAGAGUCGUCUUAUUAUGAAAUAUGGCAAAUAAAAAUAAGUAUUACUGACCUGGUCUUGGCUGAGCAGAUUAUAGUGAAUUACUUUAAAGUCAUCAGUGGCCACAGUGGGUAUGAUUUGACACAUGACUUCCAUGAAAACUGCAAAAGUAAAAAUAAAAAAAUAAAAAAUGGCAAAGGGGCAAGAUGACCACCACUAUUAUGACUUCUGCGAUUUAUGAAUACACAAGAAUAUUUUACACAUUUUUAAGACAUUAUUUCUUCAACGUUAAUUCAUGUGGUGCUGUCUACAAUUAUGUGUUAAAAAUGUACAUGAGAGCAGUACAGAAUUUACAUUCCUAUUUUUAUUCCCAUUGUUUUACUUGUAACUACAGCUGAAAAUAAAAUGUUUACACAUUUUCUUCAAA